AUGGAACAUGAGCAAGAUGAUCCUGGUACAGCUACACAUGGUGGGGUUGUUUCGGAACUUGGUGAUUCAGUGGCAAGUGAUCCAAUUGUGAAUAACAACGGCGUUCAUAUAGAUAGAUCUGAUGAUUCGUUAAGCAAAGAGCAGCCGAACAUUUAUCGACAAGAUAUUGUCAGGAACAAUAGAACGGGGAGUAUUGGGGUUGUGAGUGAAGUAGCUGGUGAUUCUGACUCUGAAAGUGAUAUGAGUGAUGACGAAGAUGACGAUGAUGAUGAUGAUGAUGAUGAUGAAGACGGUAAUGAUGAUGAUGCGGAUGUAGAGGAAGGGAAAAAGGUCAAUGAAGAAAAUGUUGGUUCUGGAGAUGGCAAUGCUGAUGGAAAACUUGGCGAGAAAAAAGACGAUGGGGACUACAAAUGUGGUGCCCUUGAGGGUGAUCAGAUUCGUGUGCUUUGGAUAGAUAACACUGAGCCGGUUCAAGAUAUAAAGGAUGUGACAGUUGUAGACCGUGGUUUCUUACAUGGAGAUUAUGUUGCUUCAGCUGACGAGCCAACUGGGCAGGUGGGAGUAGUAGUGGAUGUAAACAUAUCGGUAGAUUUAUUGGCCUCUGAUGGUUCUAUCAUCAAGGACAUCUCAACCAAAAAGUUGAAACGCGUCAGGGAUUUUGCUGUUGGUGAUUAUGUGGUUCAUGGUCCCUGGCUAGGUAGAAUUGAUGAUGUGUUGGACAAUGUGAAUGUGCUGUUUGAUGAUGGCUCCAUGUGUAAAGUCCUACGUGUUGAACCACUUCGACUAAAACCGAUUCCCAACAAUAACCUUGAAGAAGAUGCAAACUUUCCAUAUCACCCAGGCCAGCGUGUCAAAGCGAGCUCUUCAUCGCUUUAUAAGAAUUCACGGUGGUUAUCUGGAUUGUGGAAGCCUAAUCGCUUAGAAGGUACCGUGACCAAAGUCACUGCUGGAUCUAUUUUUGUCUACUGGAUUGCGUCAGCUGGCUUUGGACCAGAUUCUUCUGUUUCCCCACCUGAGGAGCAGAGUCCAAGUAAUUUGACAUUGUUGUCAUCUUUCACUCAUGCCAAUUGGCAAGUUGGUGACUGGGGCCUUCUUCCAUCGGCGAAUCAGUCUGCUACUAUUCCCUUACAUAAGCAUGUAUCUAAAUUACGACUUUAUGAUUCCCAAGCUAAUCGGCAACAGAGAAGUGGUUGCGAUUUAGAAGAUGUGCAAGAUGAAGCAAACGAAAGAAAUGAACCUGCUGGUGUUACUGCUGAAGCCUUGCCAAAAGAAACUAGUGUUUCUUCUAUUUCAAAGGAGCCUGGUCAUGACUCUUGGCCUCUCCAUCGUAAGAAGAUACGCAAACCUGUUAUGAGAAAGGAGAAAAAGGUAAAGAAAAAGGAGGAGAGCUUUGAACAAGCUCUAUUGGUAGUUAAUAGCAGAACGCGUGUUGAUGUAGCCUGGCAGGAUGGUACAGUAGAAUGUAGUCGGGAAGCAACAACACUGAUUCCUAUUGAGACCCCUGGUGAUCAUGAAUUUGUCGCUGAGCAGUAUGUGGUGGAGAAGGCUUCGGAUGAUGAUGAUAACACAACUGAACCUAAGCGUGUUGGGGUUGUGAAAAGUGUCAAUGCAAAAGAUCGUACAGCUUCUGUGAGAUGGUUGAAGCCACUUGGAAGGGCAGAAGACCCCCGUGAGUUUGACAAGGAAGAAAUUGUUAGUGUUUAUGAACUAGAGGGCCAUCCAGAUUAUGACUACUGUUAUGGAGAUGUUGUUGUUCGACUAUCACCUGUUACCAUUGCGUUACCAGCAUCUUCUGCUGAAACCUCUUUAGAGGAGGAAACGGAGCAAGACAAUAAAGAUACAGAACAUCAUCAAGAAGUUGUAGUCCCUGAUAAGGAAGAAAACGAAGUUAAUACGGACCUUACGAAUCUCUCAUGGGUUGGAAAUAUUAUUGGCCUCAAGGAUGGUGACAUUGAAGUAACAUGGGCCGAUGGAACGGUAUCAACGGUUGGCCCUCACGAAGUUUAUGUAGUUGGAAGGGACGAUGAUGAUGAAUCAAUUGCUGGAGAAAGUGAAACAAGUGAUGCUGCUAGCUGGGAGACUAUAGAAGAUGAUGAGAAGGGUGCUUCUGAUAUUCCUGAAGAGGUUCUUGGAAGGGGUGAUUUUAUUGAGGCAAACUCUGAUGCAGAAAUCAAUGCUGAGAAUGAUUCUGGAAGGAAUGGUGCCCUAGCUCUCCCACUAGCUGCAAUUGAAUUUGUGACUCGUCUGGCUAGUGGAAUCUUUUUGCGUGGACGGAAAACGGAAGAAUCUUCCAGUUCUGAUUCCACUGGUGAGAAUAGAUAUAAGCUGGCUGAACUGACAAACCCUUCCGAAGAUGACUCUCGUCCUCCAAAAUUCAGUAUUAGUGAUAACUGUGACUCAGAGAGCACUCAAGCAAAUGCCGAGAAUCUUCUGAGUGGAGAAACCUCUACAACUUUAGAAAACGAAGCACUGGAAAGAUCAAAGAGUGAAAGUUCUGAUAAGCAUGUGUCUUCUGAAGGUGAUAGUUGCAGUUUCAAACGCUUUGAUAUAUCACAAGAUCCUCUGGACCACCACUUUAUUGCCAUGGAUGGGCAGGUAACCAAGGAAAGAAAAUGGUUCAAGAAGGUUGAUCAAGACUGGAAAAUACUUCAAAACAAUCUUCCGGAUGGGAUCUUUGUUCGAGUUUACGAAGAUAGAAUGGAUCUCUUAAGGGCCGUAAUAGCCGGGGCAUUUGGAACACCAUACCAAGAUGGUCUCUUCUUCUUUGAUUUUCACCUUCCACCUGAUUACCCUAGUGUGCCACCGUCGGCUUAUUAUCAUUCUGGUGGUUGGAGGUUAAACCCCAAUCUGUAUGAAGAAGGCAAGGUCUGUCUUAGCCUUCUUAAUACCUGGACAGGCAGAGGAAAUGAAGUGUGGGAUCCCAAAUCAUCUAGCAUCCUUCAAGUCCUUGUUUCACUCCAGGGAUUGGUGUUGAAUUCAAAGCCUUAUUUCAACGAAGCCGGGUAUGAUAAGCAGGUCGGAACUGCGGAAGGAGAAAAAAACUCACUGGGAUACAACGAGAACACUUUUUUGCUAAAUUGUAAAACCAUGAUGUAUCUUAUGCGGAGACCACCAAAGGAUUUUGAAGAACUUAUCAAAGAGCAUUUCAGAAAACGCGGUUAUUACAUCUUGAAGGCAUGUGACGCCUACAUGAAAGGAUAUCUAAUAGGUUCCCUCUCCGAAGAUGCAUCGGUUAUCGAUGAACGCAGCAGUGCUAAUUCAAAUUCAGUCGGUUUUAAGCUUAUGUUGGCUAAGAUUGCACCAAAGCUUUUCUCAGCGCUGAGUGAGGUAGGAGCUGACUGCGAUGAGUUCAAGCACCUGCAGCAGCAAUAG